UCGCUUUUACUUAGCCUAUCUUGCGCACCGUGCUCAGUCCAUGGGAUCACUGUGGAGAAACAACUCAGCCACUGGGAAAGGCACAAAAAGGUUUCUUACUUAGCAAAUUGUACCAAUAUAAAAGGUUGACACUUGUAAAGAAUAUUCGUAUUGAUGACGACUAUUAUUAAAGGAGUUUCAUGAUUGGGUCCAAUGACAUUCUCAGAAUAUCCUGUGGCAUUGAGGAUUAUUUGAUUUGAGCGUCUGCAAUGACAACCCAUCAAGCGUGUAGGAUUACCAUUGCCAGCUGUGCCUUGACUCACCAGCUCCACUCAAUGGACUAAAAUCUUGAACUAAAGAAUUUGGGGGAUUUCAUUAAAAACAGAACCAUGGGUGACUCCAUGUAUUCUGACUUGAUAGCCAGACACUACAACUUCACAGGGAAGCUCCGGAAAGUUGAGCAGGAUUCCAGGCUCAAAGCGGACUCUGUGGUUUUCAUCAUUGUAUGUUGCUUCAUUAUUCUUGAGAAUGUCUUGGUACUACUUACUAUUUGGAGGACCAAGAAGUUCCACAAGCCCAUGUACUACUUUAUUGGGAACUUAGCUUUAUCAGACUUGCUGGCUGGGGUGGUGUACACUGCCAACAUCCUGCUGUCAGGUGCCAACACAUACAAACUGACCCCCACACAGUGGUUCUUCCGGGAGGGUAGUAUGUUUGUAGCCCUGGCAGCCUCAGUCUUCAGCCUGUUGGCCAUUGCCAUUGAGCGCCACCUCACCAUGCUGAAGAUGAAGUUACACAACAAUGGCAACACGUGCCGUGUCUUCAUGCUCAUCAGCACCGUGUGGCUGAUUGCAGCCAUCUUGGGCGGCCUGCCCAUCAUGGGCUGGAACUGCAUCCAGAGCAUGCCCAGCUGCUCCACCGUACUGCCGCUCUACCACAAGACCUACAUCCUGUUCUGCACCACCGUCUUCAGCAUCAUCCUCAUGGCCAUUGUGGUGCUGUACGCGCGCAUCUAUGCCCUGGUGCGCACCCGCAGCCGCAAGAUGGUGUUCCGCAAGGUCUCCAACGGCCGCGGCGGGGGUAGCACUAGCAGCAAGAGCUCUGAGAAGUCCAUGGCCCUGCUGAAGACCGUGAUCAUCGUGCUGAGCUGUUUCAUCGCCUGCUGGGCCCCACUCUUCAUCCUUCUGUUGCUGGACGUGGCCUGCGACAUCCGCAUGUGCCCCAUCCUGUACAAGGCCGAGUGGUUCCUGGCCUUGGCCGUGCUCAACUCGGCUAUGAAUCCCCUCAUCUACACACUCACCAGCAACGAGAUGCGUCGCGCCUUCCUCAAAACGCUCCUGUGCUGCAGCGUCUGCACCCAGCCCUCCGGCAAGUUCUCCCAGCCCAUUAUUGGUGCCGAGUUCAGCCGGAGCAAGUCGGACAACUCAUCCCACCCCAAUAAGGAUGAGCCGGAGUACUUGCCAAGGGAGACCAUCGUAUCCUCUGGGAAUAUCACCUCCUCUUCUUAAAGAACCUUCUGGACUGUUGUGUGAAAAGUAGCUCCACUGCUUAGGAAGUAUGGAUGUAUAUAUGUUUUUGUGCAGUGUGCAAUUGUGUUUGUACAUUAUGUAUAUAAAUGUGUAUACGUUGUGUGUGUGGUUUUGUUGCCCUGUGGAUGUGUGGAUGUACAGUAUGUCAGUAUGUACAGUAAGUUGCCUCUUCAGUUUCCAUUUGUUUUAUCAAUUCACAAAGUGUCUGUCCAUGUCAGAGUAGAGAUGUAGAGUUGUUUAGUUUGUUUUCUUCUCCCCUCACACCUUGGACUGCCAGCACUGAUCUGAAUAUGUUCAUAUUCAAAAGACAAUGGGAAGCACACACACCCAAACUAUAAACCUGAUUUACAGUAUAGCACCUAAAUUGUAAACCUGGCUUACAGUAUAGCACCUAAACUAUAAACCUGAUUUACAGUGUAGCACCUAAACCCUAAACCUAAUUUACAGUAUAGUACCUAAAUUGUAAACCUAAUUUACAGUAUAGCACCUACAUUGUAAACCUAAUUUACAGUAUAGCACCUACAUUGUAAACCUAAUUUACAGUAUAGCACCUACAUUGUAAACCUAAUUUACAGUAUAGCACCUACAUUGUAAACCUAAUUUACAGUAUAGCACCUACAUUGUAAACCUAAUUUACAGUAUAGCACCUACAUUGUAAACCUAAUUUACAGUAUAGCACCUACAUUGUAAACCUAAUUUACAGUAUAGCAGCUACAUUGUAAACCUAAUUUACAGUAUAGCACCUACAUUGUAAACCUAAUUUACAGUAUAGCACCUACAUUGUAAACCUGGUUUACAGUAUUAUGAGAAGACGUUUUUGUCAAAGGUAUUUUUUGUAUUUAGUACAGCACUUGUUGUAAAGGGCUAAAUAAGAACCAUCAACCCAUUAUAGGCGUUUACUGAUUCUCUAUAAUGGGUGUUGAUGGAAGAGUAAAAAUUGUUUGUAGUGCUUAUUGUUCUUAUUGAAAUAUUUAAGAAAUACAAUGAAUGAAGUGCUUGUGUAUCUUCGACUUAACUCUGAAGGCUAGUACAAUGUCAAUUCUUCCCCCUGAUUGAGAAUGUAUUUUGUACUUGUAAUUUGGUUUAUUUCACUCUCAUUGGAUAAAGUUCUUUGUAGCAAAGCAAUGUAGUUGCAAUAAUAAUUUAUAUUCAAAAGUGAAAAAGGCGUUUGGUUUGUGUGACAAAGGUUAUCUUUUUUAUCCAGUCAUGAUUUUAUUGUCCUUUCUGUUUCACUUUUAGAUGAAGAUACCGUAUUCAACAUAUUUGUAUGUCCCUCAGUUACCACUCUCAAAAAUCAUUUCAACUCUCUUGUGAAAACCAGCAUGCCCCAGUAAUAGGGAAGGUCAUGAGGUUGAAAACAAAAAAAGAUUGACGUCAAAGGAUAAGCAAUAGCACUGGUCCAUUCCUGAAAGUACCGAGCCCAAUAAUUACUUACAUUUUCAUAACGGAAUAAGUUAAUGUCAAUGGGCACACACAUCACCAAUAGCUCACUGGAAUCCUCCCAUAUAGAUGUGUUUUUGAGAGCACCGUUAAACACCCGUGGACAAGUACAAUGUCGCUUUUCAGGGGUCACGUAAUCACAGUUUGCCAAACUCCCAUCUGGACCCAAGUCUUAUUUUGCACGUGUUUUGGUUAGCUCUUAAUAAAUAUUGGAAAUUAAAAAAAUGUAUUGUUGUCUUC